UAUGUUGCUGUCGUGGCGUUCAGAGAGAAAUUUGUAGCCGUUGAUACCGCUGAGUUGGAAGUUAUUCCCGCUGAUUCUUCAAUAAAAAACAGAACAAACUUGAUCCAGGAUGUCCCGUCAACUGUUUGCCCUUUGCCUGAUGGCCGCUGUCUGUGCGUCCGGUGUUUACGGUAGCUGCAAGGCCGACGUUAGCUCCUUCAGCACUCAGGAUGCCACAAUCCUGACCCAGCUUGCCCACGUUGGAGAGUUUACUCUGCAGUGCAGUGGAGCUGCUCCUGCCAGCCUGUUUGCCGAAUUCCCCUGCGGCAAGGUUGUGCCCGUAGCCAAGGUUGGCGACAACAAGUACCAGGUGAGCUGGGUGGAGGACAUCAAGCAGGGCAGCAGCGGAAACGUCCAGGUGCGUCUCUUCGACGAGGACGGCUAUGCCAAUGUGCGCAAGGCCCAGCGUGACGGCGACAAGGUCUCCUCUGUGAAGUCCCUGCUCGACAUUGCCGUGCCCACGAAGAGCGCCUACAAGGGUCCCUGGGUGAAGGCUGAGCUGCUGGCUGCCUUCCUGGUUGGCGGCGUUGCCUACUUUGCUUUCACCACCAAGAGCAAAGUCCAGGCCUAAGUCUGAUACCCAUCCCAUUCCGCGGAUGCCACUGUCAUCGUAGAGUUUUUGAAUGAAAUUCAUUCGCCUAAAUCACUUAGCAUCAAAUUCGACCGGGUCCCAGAGAUUUGUCACAUUUUGUACAUGUAAGCACCGAGAAUUAUAGCCAGAGGACCGCCCCGUAAUAAAACUGAUCAAAAAACCAA